AUGGAGGUCAAGGAGUCCAAGGCGGCCGCCAUCGAGAAGAGCUCCAUCAAGGCCAAGUCCAAGAUGACCAAGGCGGAGAAGGCAGCGCUCAAGAAGGACAAGGCCAAGGCGUUCAACCAGGCGGCGACGGGCAAGGGCAAGGGCAAGGCGGGCGGCCAGGGCAUGAAGAGAAGCAUCUGA